GGCGGGCCUCGGCGCCUCCUCAGCGCCGGCGGGACGGGACCUCCCUCCCCACAGCGCCCGGGGCGGUUGUUCCCCGCCGGGUUCGGCCUUUCCUCGUUGCCUAGGGGAGCCCCGGGCGCUCGGUCCCCCGCCGCCGGGCCGCCAACGGCCGUGGCAACCGCCGGCUGCCCCUCCGCCUUUGUCUGGGCGGCCGCGGCCCGGAGGCCGCCCCGGGAGCCCUCCCCUCAGCGGGCGCUUUCCGCCGCAGGAGCCAUGGGCCGGCUGCCGCGUUAGGAGCAUCCCCGGGCAGCGGCGGGGGGAGGAGGAGGAGGCGAGCGGCCGGUGCUGCCCUUCCUUCGGCGGGGGGCCGGAGAUGGAGCUGGCGGUGCGGCCGAGCGGGGAUAUCCUGAGGCGGAACCCGCAGCAGGACUACGAGCUGAUCCAGCGGGUGGGGAGCGGCACCUACGGCGAUGUCUACAAGGCUAGAAAUCUUCAUACGGGAGAACUGGCUGCUGUAAAAAUAAUCAAGUUAGAGCCUGGAGAUGACUUUUCAUUGAUACAGCAAGAAAUAUAUAUGGUGAAGGAAUGCAAACACUGCAACAUCGUCGCCUAUUUUGGGAGCUAUCUCAGCCGUGAAAAGCUGUGGAUAUGCAUGGAAUACUGCGGUGGGGGAUCCCUCCAGGAUAUUUACCAUGUGACAGGACCUCUCUCAGAGUUACAAAUCGCGUAUGUUUGCAGAGAAACUUUACAGGGUCUUGCUUAUUUGCAUAUGAAGGGCAAAAUGCAUAGAGAUAUAAAGGGUGCAAAUAUUCUACUAACAGACCACGGAGAUGUCAAAUUAGCUGACUUCGGUGUAGCAGCAAAAAUAACAGCCACCAUUGCGAAGAGGAAAUCGUUUAUUGGUACCCCUUACUGGAUGGCCCCAGAAGUCGCGGCGGUGGAGAAGAACGGUGGAUAUAACCAGCUCUGUGAUAUCUGGGCCGUUGGAAUAACAGCAAUUGAGCUGGCGGAGCUUCAGCCACCCAUGUUUGAUCUUCACCCGAUGAGGGCUUUGUUUUUAAUGUCAAAAAGUAACUUUCAGCCGCCAAAGCUAAAGGAAAAAGCAAAAUGGUCAUCAACAUUCCAUAAUUUUGUCAAAAUAGCACUUACAAAAAAUCCAAAGAAGAGGCCAACAGCGGACAGGCUCCUUUCUCAUAGCUUUGUAGGGCAGCCUGGGCUUUCAAGAUCUUUAGCGGUUGAGCUGUUGGACAAAGUUAAUAAUCCUGACAACCAUACACACUAUGAAGUUGAUGAUGAUGACUUUGAGCCUCACUCCGUUAUCCGCCACACGAUUCGCUCUACGAACAGGAACAUUAGGGCAGAACGAACGGCAUCGGAGAUAAACUUUGACAAGCUGCAGUUUGAGCCCCCGUUAAGGAAAGAAACAGAAGCUCGGGAUGAAAUGGUUGUGGCAGCCGGCGCUGACUUCGCUUCGCAUUGGAAUCCUUUUGUCGACGGUGGAAGCAGCAAGGGACUGCUUACAAAAUUUGGCGAUGGGAGUGAAGAUGUUGAAGAAUCGACACUGAAGCGGGCAGGGCCACCUCCACUACCCCCGAAGCCGAGAAUAAACAGUUAUCCUGAGGAAAACCUCCCAGAUGAUGAGAAAUGCCAGACGAUAAAACACUUCCCGGACUCGCAGGGCAGAGCCCCACCGGCUCACAGGAGACAGAGCAUCCCUGUUUGUGGGCCUCAGGCUGAUUCCUCCCCCCUCGGGAUGACCAGCAGCAUCAGCAGCCCUGGCUUGCUCACGGCUAGAUACAGUGACUUAGGAAAUGGGGAUGGCAUGCUGAAACUCAUUGAAGAAAACGCGGAAGGGUCUGGACAAAUCCCUCAACUGCCACGUAAAAAAGAGAAAAGAGAUUUUCCUAAGCCAGCAAUCAAUGGUUUGCCACCGACACCGAAGGUGCUGAUGGGAGCGUGUUUUUCCAAAGUCUUUGAUGGUUGUCCUUUGAAGAUUAAUUGUGCAACAUCAUGGAUACAUCCAGAUACUAAAGAUCAGUACAUUAUCUUUGGCACGGAAGAAGGUAUCUAUACUUUGAAUUUGAAUGAACUUCAUGAAGCAACAAUGGAACAGUUAUUUCCCCGGAAGUGCACCUGGCUGUAUGUUAUCAAUAACACCUUAAUGUCCCUGUCAGAAGGGAAAACAUUCCAGCUCUACUCCCAUAAUUUAAUAGCUUUGUUUGAACAAGCCAAAAAAACAGGAUUAGCUGCUCAUAUUCAAACCCAUAGGUUUCCUGACAAAAUAUUACCAAGGAAGUUUGCCUUAACGACAAAGAUCCCUGACACGAAAGGAUGCCACAAAUGCUGUAUAGUACGAAAUCCAUACACGGGACACAAAUACCUGUGUGGUGCAUUGCAGUCUGGAAUUGUCCUGCUACAGUGGUAUGAGCCAAUGCAGAAAUUCAUGUUAAUAAAGCACUUUGAUUUUCCGUUGCCAAGCCCUUUGAAUGUGUUUGAGAUGCUGGUGAUCCCUGAGCAGGAGUACCCCAUGGUCUGCGUCGCUAUCAGUAAGGGUGCGGAACCCAACCAGGUAGUUCAGUUUGAGACAAUCAACUUGAACUCUGCUUCUUCAUGGUUUACAGAAAUCGGUGCAGGCAAUCAGCAGUUAGAUGCCAUUCACGUAACGCAGCUGGAAAGGGACACUGUCCUAGUCUGCCUGGACAAAUUUGUGAAAAUUGUGAAUUUACAAGGGAAAUUGAAGUCAAGCAAGAAAUUGGCCUCCGAGCUGAGCUUUGAUUUCUGCAUUGAGUCAGUGGUGUGCCUUCAAGACAGUGUGCUGGCCUUCUGGAAACACGGCAUGCAGGGCAAAAGCUUUAAGUCAGAUGAGGUUACCCAGGAGAUAUCAGAUGAAACCAGAGUUUUCCGCUUACUGGGAUCAGACAGGGUGGUGGUGCUGGAGAGCAGGCCCACGGAGAACCCCACCGCACACAGCAACCUCUACAUCUUGGCUGGACAUGAAAAUAGUUACUAAAGCACCAGUAACCCCAGGCGAAUACGGAGAGCCCGUUUGCCACACCAGGAACCAAGAAGCAUUAGGAAAGGCUGUAGGAGCAGGACUGUGACUUUACUCUUUUCUUUUCUUGACACCUUAAAUGAUGAUGAUGUUGUUUUCGGGUGGAAAUCAAUACAUUUUUUUUGCAGCUGGGAACAGCUGGUUCUGUCUCUUGCCACUGUGUGGUUGGUUAUAUCGAGUUUGCUUAAUAAAAGCUAUGAGAUAAAUAGCCCUUUACUCAUUAGUUGUAGGGAAACAGAGCCUUUAAAAAAAAUGUUUUGCAGUAAAGGUGCCAUAAACUGUUAAAUAUUUUACUACCCUUGGAUUUUCCUCAUCUUCUGUAGAUGUAGAUAUAGUACUGGCUCUUCCCCUGUUUUAUACUGAGUCUUAUUCUUAAUAAAAAAGAUUUGUGUAGGAAGUGAAAGUAUCUGCAAAGCUUUUCGGUUUUAAAUCUGCCAUUCAGUAUGGCUUUGUACAAUAGACUAUUUAAUCCUUAUUUAUUAAUCUGCUGCUAGAAUGGUGUAAUGUAUCUAACUUUUAGCAAAGGAAGGUUGCAGAGCAGCUUACUUUUUUUUUUUUAUAAUUGUAUAAAGAUUUGAUUAUUCUUUUUUUUUUCUCGUAGGGAUGUAGUGCAUUAUUGAGGGGUAUGUUACAAUGUUGGUCGAUCUUGUAAAAAUGCAGUUUUGUACAACAAAGUAUUUUGUAUUGAUUUUUUUUCUGCCUGCAGAAUUGCCAUAAAAGGGAUUUUUCUUAUUUCCUAGAUGUAGGGUGUGUGUACACAAACUAUAAUAUUGAUAUCAGACAUGUUGCUACCGGGUGGGUGUGGACAAUAUUCCUGUGUGUGUGUGUGCAUGCGUGUUACCUUGACCGGCAGUGUGUAUUUUUUAUAUAUAUAUAUAUAUAUUUAUAUAUAUAUAAAAAUGUACAAAAUAUAUAUGCUUUAUUUUCAUAAAUUAGGGAUAAGCCUCGUGACGUGAAACGGAAAUUGUACCCGGCUGUCAUCCUUAAUGAAUGAAAGUAUCAUGUACCAAACUGCCCAUGACGUAUAGUUUAUUUAUACUAUUCCAGCGGGGAGCCUAUAGCGGUCACUGAGCUUGAUGUCACUCAGCCAGCCCUUUGGAAAUGGUUAGUGAAAUGGUUAAUUCCCCAGCUGCCUAGUAUAAAUAAAUAUGAUAAGAACCAGUAUCCUAUAUUAAAGCUUUCGGUCACUUUUUUUUUUUUUUCCCCCACCUUUCCCUAUUUUGUCACCUGCAUUUUUCUUCCUCUUUUUAUUUCACCAUUAAAGAGUCGCAUCGGUUCCUUUUGUCUUCCUCAUUAAUUAAAAUUCUUGAGGUACCAUUAAAUAUAAAUAUAGACUGACUACAGGAUAGCGUCUGGUUUUACUACCUCACCUUAACCUGCCAGCUUUGUUGUAAGGAAACACAGUCCGUAGAUACAGAAGCAGCUCGUAAACAUUCAAAUUAAGGAUUUUUGAAAUGAAAUCCUGCCGUGUAUUGGAUUUCUGUGAUCUGCUGCCCGAGGAAAGGCAGGUUUAGAAGCUUCAAAGAUGGUUUUAGUAAAGCGGUUAAAGGUAAGUGUGUGACAAGGGAGAGAUGGAGUGGUUUGAUCUGAACUCGCCACCCGAGGAGCGCCAGGUUUGUCUGCUCCAGGCAUCAGGCUACGCCAUCCAUAAUUUAACAGGGACGGCGUUAACCGGGGCCACGUGGUGACUCGGGAACGUCUGCCCCUUCCUGGGGGACAGCCAGAGUUUUAGGGAAUGUCUGCCCCUUCCUGGGGACAGCCAGAGUUUUAGCUCCGUCGGAAGGUCCAGGGUGGAAAAACAUAGAGCUGCACGCAGUUUAGCAUUUUACCCACUUAGCAUUGUCAUUCAAAAUUCAUUUUUGUUAUUGACUUGAUAAUUAAGUCAAGCUUUUCAGUUCUGAAACUGCAUCAAAGUUUAAUAAAUAGUGAGUGUACAGAUAAAAAUUUAAAAAUCCAUCCACAGCAGCUAUCAUUGGACCAGUAUUAAAAGAGGGACAUGUAAUUUUUGUGUUUUAAAGAAAUCAAGUUCUCUAGUGCUGAAAAUGACAUCUUCAUAGGUAACAGUGAUUAACCCUCAAAUGCUGUAACUCCUCCUCUCCAAAGACUUUAAAACAAAAAUGAAGACAAGUGAAGCACCAGGUGUAGAUGCUGUAGAGCAAACGCUUUCACGUAAUUUACCUCAUUCACCGCAAAUAUCAUUUUGGCAUCGUCUUUGAAAACAUUUAGAGAUCUCUAAAGGACUAGAGAAAUCUGGAUAAAAUAUGAAUAUUUAUGGGGAAUAACUGGAGUAAAUAACUGUCAGGCCAUGACACCGUCAUGCAAAAGUAACGAACUGAAAGUGCUUUUUUCUUUGAAUGACAUGAAUGACUGGUGAUUUGCUGAAUUUAUAAAAAAGAAUCUGGGACAGUCCUCAUUUAAUCAAACCUCCUUUUUUUUUUAGCUGUUAAGGCAUUUCUGAUGGCAUAUUCUGAAAUGCUUUGUCCGGUCUGGUUUUAUAGACAGUGGCAUUUUUUUCUGCAUGAUUUGCAAGAUGCUAUUUCCUCAUGUGCAACCUCCCUCGUUACCCUCAGCGGAGCGUGGCGGAAGGGAUUUGCAUGUUUCCUAGCUGAACCCGGCCAGUCUCGGUGACUCUUGACUCCUGUAAUUUGUAAUUGUUAGACUGUUUUUAAGUUAAUCUGGUAUUUUUCUGUCUCUUUGUAUGGUUUUGUGCCGUUUCAACCAGGAUUGAGAAAGCUGUGUGCGUGGGUUGGGAGUUUAUGAAGCGAAAAGCUUGCUCGCCCCCUCAUUACUCUUUUGACAGAUAUCAAAGUGUUAAUUAUUUGAUGCACGAGGUUCAUGUAUUCAACUUGAAAGCCUUAAAGGAGGCUCCCGGUGCUCUUUGAAGUACAGGCAGGAUUUGAAGAGCGGCCUGUAGAUUAAUCUCGUUGGAUUUCCUAACCAAAUUCAUUGUGAUGGAAAAAAAUAAAGCACACGACUGUACUUGUGAUGACAUCUCUUUAGAAGAUUAAAAAGGUACAACGCCUCAGCGAGCCAUUGAACGAAAAGGCCAAGACUGGGAGACUUUCUGAAAUGUACUUUUUACCUUGUUUUAGCCAUUAGAUUGUAACUGAGACUCUAACUGCACUCGCGUCCAGUUUGUGUAACUAGGCUUUUUGUUCGACGUAAAUUCCUGUUGCGGUUCAUUUCAGUCCAUGCCAAAUAAACUCUGCUUUAUUUGAUACCUGGA